AUGGGACUUCAUCUCCACAAGGCCUGUGCGGUGGAAGCCUUUAUCAAUUCUGUCGUGGACAGAUGCAUCUGGGACAGGUGUUUGGUGAGGGUGAGGUCAAAACUUGCAAUUUCAUCCAUCCUUGACAGUCCCCGUUGUCCGACUGGAUUUUUCCCGUGUGGCAGUCUUUCAGUCUGUAUCCCGCAGUCGUCAUAUUGCAAUAAAAUUAAAGACUGUGAAAAUGGAGCUGAUGAGGCACAUUGUGAUGAUUAUACUGGCUUGUCAGAUAUUUUUGAAACGUUUUUUCCUGCAAUUCAAAAUGAAAACAUAACUGAAGAUUGCUCACUUCAGGACUACCCACAGAAGUGUGAUUGCCGGGAAACAGAAUUGGAAUGUGUAGAUGUGAAUCUACGCUAUGUGCCACAGGUUUCAGCAAAUGUGACCUUGCUAUCUUUGAAGAGCAAUAAAAUCAAAAGUCUGCCUGCUGAUGUUUUCGUCUUGUACAACGACCUGGAUCAGUUAUAUCUGCAGAAUAACCAGAUCAGAUCCAUUUCAAAAACUGCAUUUUCUGGACUUUAUAAACUCAGACGAUUGUAUAUCAGUCAAAAUCGAAUCACAGCUCUGAAACCAAGAAUAUUUCAAGACCUUCAUAAACUGGAACUUUUAUCUCUUGAUGACAACUUAAUAUCAAAAAUCUCACCACGUUUAUUUAUUGGACUAAAGUCUUUGCUUGUUUUAUCCAUGGUUAACAACUUACUGGAAAAACUGCCAACAAGAUCAAUAUGUGCUGAAAUCCCAAGUGUGUAUUGGCUAGAUUUUGACAAUAAUCGCAUCAAGUCCUUAGAUUAUUCAACUUUCCUGAAAUGUGAUAAACUGAUUGUGCUGUACAUUCAGCAGAAUGAAAUUACAACCAUUUCAGAAAAGACAUUUGCUCCACUACAUAAAUUGAUAGAACUGGAAUUGUCAUCAAACAAAAUUCAGGAACUGCCCAAACAUCUUUUUGAAAAUGUUAAAUUACUGAUAAAAUUGAAUAUAUCUAACAAUCCCCUCAAGUUUAUUCACCUAGAUCAGUUUAAUGCGCUUAACCGACUUCAAUCUCUUGGUCUUGAAGGAAUAGAAAUUGCAAACAUAGAGAGCCGCAUGUUUAAGCCCAUGACAAACUUAGAACAUAUAUACUUCAAUAAAUUUCAGUACUGUGCAUAUUCUCCUCGUGUACGCAGUUGCCAACCAAAUACAGAUGGCAUAUCUUCCUUUGAAGACCUACUAGCAAACAUCAUCCUCAGAGUAUUUGUCUGGGUCAUAGCUUGUCUUACUUGCUUUGGAAACCUUUUCGUCAUUUUUAUGAGGUCACUUAUUAGAGCCGAAAACAAACUUCAUGCUAUGUCUAUAAAAAUUUUAUGUUGUGCCGAUUGCCUGAUGGGAGUAUAUCUAUUCUUUGUUGGAAUUUUCGAUGUCAAAUAUCGCGGAGAGUACAACAGACAUGCACAGCUAUGGAUGGACAGUAUCCAGUGUCGAAUGAUAGGAUUUCUGGCCAUGCUUUCUACUGAGGUCUCAGUUCUGUUAUUGACGUAUCUGAGCCUGGAAAAGUAUAUUGUCAUUGUUUUUCCAUUCAGUAAUAUCAAACCAGGAAAGCACCAGACUUUGAUAACACAUGUUACAAUUUGGCUUGUUGGAUUUACUAUCGCUAUAAUUCCACUCUGGAAUGAAGACACAUUUGGGAACUACUAUGGAAGAAAUGGAGUUUGCUUUCCUCUUCAUGCAGACCAAGUUGAAAAGGAUGCUGCUAAAGGCUAUUCUAUUGGAAUAUUCCUUGGUUUGAACCUGAUUGCCUUCAUCAUAAUUGUCUUCUCUUACUCAAGUAUGUUUUAUUCUAUGCACAAAACUGGAAUCCAGACACCAGAAAUGAAAAGGCACAUUCGAAGUGAAGUUGCAGUGGCUUACAGAUUUUUCUUCAUAGUGCUUUCUGAUGCCCUUUGUUGGAUUCCAAUUUUUCUCUUAAAAGUCCUUUCAUUGAUUCAGGUGGAGAUUCCAGGAACAAUUACAUCGUGGGUAGUUAUUUUCAUACUCCCAAUAAAUAGUGCAUUGAACCCAAUUCUCUACACACUCACAACCAGUUUCUUCAGAGAAAAGAUGAAACAAUUUCUGUGCAAACAUCAAAAAAAUAAUGGAAAAAACAUGUGGACUGAGAGUUCUUCAAGACUGUCGACUUCAUCAGUUAAACUUGGAUUUUUAAAGAGGAUAUCUGCUGUAGAAAAUAUGAUGAAUUCAAGGCAUCGCUGA